AUGGAUUACGUCAACUUUGACUCCGUCAAUCCCCACGGACUCGAGAUGCGAGUGCAACCCUUCGUACAUUUCAUCCGCAAAUUCCGGUGGGACGAGCCCAACACCAUUGUUUACAAUCUUGUCCACAGCCAAAUCCUCCAUCGUGGUCUCAAGCCCAGGCGUCAGCUUGGGCUUGAUCACCUUCGCCUCCGGCAAGCCCGCGACGUUGGGCCUCAACCCACCCCAAUACCCACACAACGCGUGCCACACGUACACAUAAUCCACACUCCCGAACCUCUCCUUAAGAUCCCUCACAAAGGCCCCCAUCCCCUUAUUCGGGCCGGGCCCAUCCUUAUUCGGGCUCUCGUACUCCCUAAACUUCCGGCACGGCAUUUGCUCCCCGGCCGACGUCCGGUUCAUCCCCUCGGACGUGAUCGGGUCAUCGUCGUGGCAAAUGGAUUGCCACCCAUCGUCAAUCAACACGAGGCCAGGCGGGCACCCGCCCUCCACAAGCCCAUUAACCCCUUCCCAAACCCCUCGAGGGUGCACCGUAAGGUAGAACGCGUCCCACGUGCACCACCCGAACUUAUCCACGAUCUCCGGCGGAGUUUUCUCCUCGAGCAAACGGAACGUGCCUAG